AUGAACUCAACAGCUGAAUGCAAUAUAAACUCGACAGAGGGUUUUAUUGACGGUAAGAAAUGUGCUACGCAAAGAACUCUCGUCAUAAUAAACUGCGCUCUGAACGCUCCACUUAUCCUGAUUUCUAUCAGUGGUAACACAUUGGUAGUGGCCGCCAUGAUAAAAACGCCACGCUUUCGAUCAUCUUCAAUGGUGAUGCUACUUAGUUUGGCUGUUUCGGAUCUUCUUGUUGGAUUAAUUUCCCAGCCAUUUUUCGUUGCAAGUGAACUCACGAAGAAUACACUUCUCGAAAAGCUGUCCGAAAUGAUUGAGUUCAUUCUUUGCGGGAUUUCUCUCUGCACAAUGACAGCCAUAAGCGUUGAUCGAUUUAUGGCUGUCCAAUACCCCAUGCGAUAUCAGUCAGCCAUUAUAACAAGACCCCGGGUAACAUAUGCAUCGAUAACAGUCAUAUGGAUCGUCAACGUUUCUUCUUUAGGCCUGUAUCUGUGGCACUGGCCUACAUAUUUUGGAAUAAUGGCGGUAUGCCUCUUUGCUUGUCUUACGCUUUCAACAUUCUCGUACGUGAAAAUUUACCUGAUUGUUCGGCAGCAUCUGAUUCAGAUCCGAGCUCAAGAAAUGGCCGCGUCGCAAGGUAUUAGUGAGGGGCAGACAACAAAUUUGCUGCGAAAUAAAAGAAGUGCUAUAAACACAUUUAUUUUUUACAUUGUCAUGAUCCUAUGCUACAUUCCUAUUCUCAUAUCAAUAGGUCUUUCGAGCAUUUCGUAUAAGGAUUGGACAGAAGCAUGGCAUAUGGCUGAGACAGUGGCGUUUUUCAAUUCGUCUAUAAAUCCAUUAUUAUAUUGUUGGCGUCUGAGAGACCUUCGAGCGGCAGUUAUGAAAGUCUCAAAACAGUUUUUCUGUAAGAAAAAAGAUGAAGGAUAA